AUGGAACAAUCACAGACUCUUCGCUCAUUGUUCACCUCAGCAAUAGAGAAGAAAUCUUCCCUUGAAUCAAGAGGAGAUACAAACAGUGAUGCUUACAGAAAUGAUGUCAACCAGACUAUUGAGAAGUUUCAAGAAUGUCAGCGACAAAUCGGUAUUUUGUCUCUGUUCAGCUCGAAUGAAUCUCUCGAUGAUGUCUCAUCAGGCGACUUAAAGUACAUGACCUUGGAAUACUUUCUUGCCGAGCUCAUCCAGCGAAGUCCCAGCUCGGACCGUGAAGCCUUGCUCCGUCGAGCCUUGGAGCAAUAUGAAAAAUUCUUGACACGUGUGGAUGAAUAUGGGCUACUGCCAAAAGGAGACAAGUCUCUUUUCGAUGGAUAUGUGGCUAAUCCAUCGGCCUUCACAUUAGCACCUGUCAAUGAUGCUGCAGCACGGCGAGAUACUAAAGUUCGGCGAUUCAGAGAAGAAAAGGAACUCAAGCAGAAACUGGAGUACUUUGCUCGGAACGAGGCGCAACUCCAAAGCGACGAUGAAGAGACUCGGAUGCUCUACCUUGCUGAGAUACAACUCUACGUACACCAGACCUUUCAGGCUCUCGAUAUGCUUUUGCAAGAGUUGAAUAUGCUUUCAGCUAUGCGUAACGCACCCCCUCCUGAUCAUCCGCCCACCGAGGACGACCGACAAAGAAGAACUUUGGGAGGACUUGGCGAUUCUGACCGAUUGGAUCCAUCUCUAUCCCAAUUACUCGGAAGUGGUAGAAAUGGACCCUUAUUGAACAGCAAAGGAAGGCCGAUGCAGCCUUUCACCCUGCUCGACCGUCGGACACAGCUCCAGCAAGGAGUAUUUCGAUCUGGCCAUAAUCUCCCGACUAUGACAAUAGAUGAAAGGGGCAACAUCCUUCAGGGAGGGGAGCAGUCUGGCAUACAGCCCGAGGUGGACGAAGAUGACUUUGAUAAGGCUGACGAGGAAACAAUGAAGGCUCGGGCCUGGGAUGAAUAUGUCGAGGCAAAUCCCAAAGGAGCUGGCAAUACACUAAACCGGGGGUGA